UUUGGUUCAGCAGCAUCCCACCUUGCUGCCUUAAAUCGGACUUUAACAAGUGUAUCAAGUGCAACAGUAACUCCAGGAUAAACCUACCCGUUGGUGAAAGAGGUUAUUCCAGAUUCUAAACAUGGAGCCAGAGCAGAAGACUGCGCAGAACGGUUCAGCCGACAUCGCUGUCGCCAUUUCAGACCCCAAUUCAAACAGUAAAGAAAAGAAAGGCUUUUUCUCCAAAUUCAAAAAGAAAAAAGAAAAAACGGAGAAACCCCCAAAGGUUGGAGUGUUUACUAUGUUUCGCUAUUCUAGUACAUCGGACAAGAUGCUAAUGCUGUUUGGUACCAUAGCAUCGCUUGCCCACGGAGCUGCCCUGCCGCUAAUGAUGCUUGUGUUUGGGGAGAUGACUGACAGCUUUGUUAAUGUUGGACAGGUUGAUACAGGGAACUUUACAUGGGAAUCUAUGAUAAAUGCCUCAAGAGAACUGCAGGGCCAAAUGACCACAUAUGCCUAUUAUUACUCAGGCUUGGGAUUUGGAGUGAUGCUUUGUGCCUACAUUCAGAUUUCCUUCUGGACACUCUCAGCAGGUAGACAGAUUAAAAAAAUCAGGAGCAACUUUUUUCACGCUGUGCUGCGGCAGGAGAUUGGAUGGUUUGAUAUAAAUGAUGCAGGAGAACUGAACACACGACUCACAGAUGAUGUUUCCAAAAUUAAUGAAGGAAUCGGUGAUAAAAUUGCAAUGCUGCUUCAGUCAUUAACGACAUUUGUGACUGGCUUCAUUAUUGGCUUUAUUAAAGGAUGGAAGCUGACUUUGGUUAUUUUGGCUAUUAGUCCAAUUAUGGGACUCUCUGCUGCUAUCUGGGCAAAGGUAUUGUCUGCAUUCACUAACAAAGAGCUCAAAGCCUACGCCAAAGCUGGGGCUGUUGCUGAAGAGGUUCUUUCGUCUAUUAGGACUGUGUUUGCCUUUGGUGGUCAAAAUAAAGAAAUACAUAGGUAUGAAAAAAAUCUAGAGGACGCAAAAAAAAUAGGAAUAAAAAAAGCUAUAACUGCCAAUGUGUCCAUUGGAUUUGCUUUCCUAAUGAUAUAUGCAGCCUAUUCACUCGCCUUUUGGUAUGGUACCACCCUGAUUAUUGAUGGAGGUUAUACCAUUGGCUCUGUUCUCACAGUAUUCUUUGCAGUCAUCAUUGGUGCUUUUGCUGUUGGACAAACCUCUCCAAAUAUUGAAGCUUUUGCCAAUGCCAGGGGGGCAGCAUACACAAUAUUCAACAUCAUUGAUAAUCAACCCAAAAUAGACAGCUUUUCUAAAGAAGGCUUGAAACCGGACAAGAUUAAAGGAGACAUUGAAUUUAAAAAUGUUAUAUUCACUUAUCCAUCUAGAAAGGAUAUUCAGGUUCUGAAGGGCUUGAACCUGAAUAUACCAAGCGGUAAAACCGUUGCUUUAGUUGGAAGCAGUGGUUGUGGAAAAAGUACAACAGUUCAGCUCAUCCAGAGGUUCUAUGACCCUGAAGACGGCGUUAUCACACUUGAUGGACAAGACAUUCGUUCUUUAAAUAUCAGGUACUUAAGGGAGAUCAUAGGAGUGGUAAGCCAGGAACCAAUCUUAUUUGACACCACAAUUGCUGAUAAUAUUCGUUAUGGUCGGGAAGAUGUGACAAAGGAGGAAAUUGAAAGAGCAACUAAAGAAGCAAAUGCAUACGACUUUAUCAUGAAACUGCCAGAUAAAUUGGAAACUCUUGUUGGAGAGCGUGGCACGCAGCUCAGUGGGGGACAAAAGCAAAGGAUUGCCAUUGCCAGGGCAUUGGUUCGCAAUCCCAAAAUCCUCCUUCUAGAUGAGGCGACAUCUGCUCUGGAUACAGAGAGUGAAGCUGUGGUUCAGUCUGCUCUGGAUAAGGCAAGAGAGGGCCGUACCACAAUUGUAGUUGCCCAUCGUUUGUCCACUAUACGAAAUGCAAAUGCAAUCGCUGGCUUUGAUAAUGGUGUCAUCGUUGAACAAGGAAGCCAUAAGGAACUAAUGGAAAGAGGAGGAGUUUACUUCAACCUGGUCACUCUGCAGACCGUGGAAACAAGUAAAGACACUGAAGAAGAUUUAGAAACCCACAUAUAUGAAAAGAAAAUACCUGUUACUCAUACCCAUUCCAACCUGGUCAGGAGGAAAUCCAGCCGAAACACAAUAAAGAGCAAAGUCCCAGAAACAGAAGAUAAAGAAGUGGAUGAAGAGGAGAAGAAAAAGGAGGAGGGUCCCCCACCUGUCUCAUUCUUCAAAGUUAUGAAGUUGAACAAGCCAGAGUGGCCUUAUUUUGUGGUUGGAGUGAUCUGUGCAAUGAUAAAUGGUGCCACUCAGCCUGCAUUUGCCAUUAUCUUCUCCAGGAUUAUUGGGGUGUUUGCUGGUCCAGUUUCACAAAUGAGAUCUGAAAGCUCCAUGUACUCUUUGCUGUUUUUGGCACUUGGUGGGGUAUCCUUCAUUACAUUCUUCCUGCAGGGAUUCACCUUUGGGAAAGCUGGAGAAAUUCUUACUAUGAGACUGCGACUUGGGAGUUUCAAAUCCAUGUUAAGACAGGAAAUCGGCUGGUUUGAUGACUCCAAGAACAGUACGGGGGCACUGACGACAAGGCUUGCCACUGAUGCUUCACAAGUUCAAGGGGCAACCGGAACCAGACUGGCUUUGCUUGCUCAGAAUGUAGCAAAUCUGGGCACAGCCAUCAUCAUAUCAUUUAUUUACGGAUGGCAAUUGACCCUUCUCAUUUUGGCGAUUGUUCCAGUCAUCGCUGCUGCAGCCCUGGUGGAAAUGAAAAUGUUCGCUGGACAUGCAAAAAAGGACAAAAAGGAACUUGAAAAAGCAGGAAAGAUUUCAACCGAUGCUGUUUUGAAUAUCAGAACUGUUGUGUCCCUGACCCGAGAGAGGAAAUUUGAAGCGAUGUAUGAGAAAAGUCUGGAAGGGCCUUACAGGAAUUCUAUUAAGAAAGCCCAUCUCCAUGGAUUGACCUACGGUCUGUCUCAAGAUCAUGUACUUUGCCUAUGCUGGGUGUCCGUUUUAGCCUAUUUAGUGGCUGAAGGCUUAAUGCAGUUUGAUGAGGUUUUUCUGGUCUUCUCAGCCAUUGUGUUUGGUGCCAUGGCCUUAGGCCAGACCAGCUCCUUUGCCCCUGACUAUACUAAAGCCAUGAUUUCAGCGGCUCAUAUAUUCAGCUUGUUGGAGAGAGUCCCACAGAUUGACAGCUACAGCGACCAGGGCGAGAAACCAAAAAACUGCAGUGGGAACGUGGUAUUCAAAGGGGUUAAUUUUAACUACCCUACACGGCCAGACAUAACAGUGCUGCAGGGACUGGAUAUCUCCGUAAAGCAAGGGGAGACGCUGGCCCUGGUUGGAAGCAGCGGCUGUGGAAAGAGUACGACCGUGUCACUACUGGAGAGAUUCUAUGACCCGUUUGAAGGAGAAGUGUUGGUAGACGGCCUUUCUGUGAGGAAUCUGAACAUCCAGUGGGUGAGGGCGCAGAUGGGAAUCGUCUCCCAGGAGCCCAUUUUGUUUGACUGCAGCAUUGGUGACAAUAUCGCUUACGGGGAUAACAACAGAAAAGUGACGCAAGAAGAAAUAGAAACAGCAGCUAAGGAAGCCAACAUCCACAGCUUCAUCGAAUCUCUUACUGAUAAAUACAACACCCGCGUGGGAGAUAAAGGCACCCAGCUCUCAGGGGGACAGAAGCAGCGUAUAGCCAUAGCAAGGGCUCUGAUUCGGAAACCCAAAAUCCUUCUGCUGGACGAGGCCACCUCUGCGCUCGACACAGAAAGUGAAAAGGUUGUGCAAGAAGCACUGGACAAAGCCAGAAUGGGCCGCACGUGUAUUGUCAUCGCUCAUCGACUAUCGACCAUACAGAAUGCAGAUAAAAUAGCCGUCAUACAGAAUGGAAAGGUGGUAGAGCAAGGGACACAUCAGCAGCUCCUUCAGCUCAAGGGCGUUUACUUUUCUUUAGUGACUAUACAGCUUGGCCACUCCUGAGAGAAGAGCCGAUUACAACCUGACACCGCCACUCAGGAAACGCCACUCACAAAGAUGGAUCCUGUUUCCUGUCCAGUUGCUGCUAAACAGUGAGAAAUCUACUGCUCGUGUCACUCCUUGUGACUCCGACUACUACGGAUAGUGUCAGUCCGUAUAACCUGAAAAGAACGAGAAAGAUCACAGUUGGGGGGGGAACAUAUGUUUUUGUUAUUUCAGGAAAUGUAUACUAAUUAUUUGCCUUAUCAAUACUUUUAUAUACCGUUCAUAUUUUUCUAUGUACAAUACCUCAAUUAUUUGAUAAUUAUUUCUGUGUGAUGCGCAUCAAGCACUCCUGCCUUACGUUCCAAGUAUUUCUUGCUUUUUAUUAAUCAGGCAAGUCCUUGAUUAAAGUUUGCUUAGCUCUUU